AAGACUUUCGAUAUGUCAGGAUGGCCGAGCGGUCUAAGGCGCCAGACUCAAGGUUCACAACCUUCUCAGCUCAGCUGAGUUUGCGAGGCUUCUGGUCCUCUCUGAGGGCGUGGGUUCGAAUCCCACUUCUGACAAACUUUUUUUUUUGCACUUUUUGAAUGUUACAUGCGAUCACCUAGUCUAUGACGUGAGCUACUAGUAACAACGAUUCCAUUUUAUUCUAAACUAUAAAUUAUUCGUAGAAAUGGAUAAAAAUUAGAUCGAAAUUGAGUAUAUGCACUACCUCAUUCAUCUCCUCCCGUAUGGUCUAGUGGCUAGGAUACCUGGCUUUCACCCAGGAGGCUCGGGUUCGAUUCCCGGUACGGGAAAUAUUUUUGCUCUUUCGAAUAAUGGUCCAAGGUAUCAUUUUUUAUAGUAUCAGAAAGAGAAAUGGCCUGAUAACGUGAUAUACAGAAAAAAAUUUUAAUCGGCCAACACUUUGCGAUUUGGGUACACAAUUCCUGAACUAUAAAAAGAAUUUUUUAAUAAAAAAUGAAAUUUGUAAAGUUCAUCGUAGGCACCUUUGAUAUAAUCCGGUAUGGUCUAGUGGCUAGGAUACCUGGCUCUCACCCAGGAGGCUCGGGUUCGAUUCCCGGUACCGGAAUUAUUUUUGUCGCGGUUUCUAGAAUCUUGCCUAAAACAAAGCCUCCUUAGACCUCGGGGUCAGUGCACCUUAUUUUCCUAUUGUUAACAAUCAUACCUGCGAUACCCACCCACCCCGUCUACGACCCUCAACUCCAUUGUUAGGAUACGCUCUAUCGAAUGUAUUGAACGCAGGUACAUAGGAAUUUCUAAAGACCCGAGUCGAGCGAUGCAAUCGUUAUACCUGCUUUUAUAAAAAAUUUGAAAACCAAAAUUAUUUCAGUCUACAGUUCGCAAAUCUGUCUUUUCAAGAAAAGUCACAAUGGAGGAUUGUAUAAUAGUUCAAUGGAAUGAAAAGCACUGUUCUCGAUGUGACGUGUGUAUUGAGCUGCACUUACGCGUAUUGCUUAUGAAUAUAACAGAACCAAUAUACAUAGGAAAGUAUGGUGAUGACAAUCUUAACUAUAAUAGAAAUUUUUCCAAUAGUGUUCACUUUUGCGUGGAGUUAUGACAGUCGUGUCAAAAGAGAAUGAAGUAGGAAGAUAUGUAUUAUAAUUUGACGUGUUCGAUUCAGAACAAGCAUAAAUUGCUAAGGGGAUAUUAUUUUAUGAAUUGAGUUAUCCUCGAAAGUGAAUGGAAUAGUUAUGUCAGCAUUCAUGGUCAGUACAUAUUUGUUAUGGAAUAUUAUCAGAAUCACCAUCCCUUGUAGAAAGUUGGCAAGCAAAUAAAAAUAAACAUGAAAAGAUUUGGUGUUCAGCGAAAAAUUAUUAGUUUCCUAUUGUUCACUACAGACAUCACUUCGAGAAGGAUUUAAAAAAAUCAUGCAGCCUGUGAAAGAUGCCUGGGGCACCACCGCAAGUAAGCUUUUCCAUCAGUAGUUCUAUAGUUUUACGAAUCUAAAGCUCAAUAUUUCGUUUGUAGGCCCAAACAUACCAAAAGAUUUUUAUACGCUAUUAAACGCCUCUACCUGGCUAUGUCGCAUAACCGGAACUUUUCCAUUGAUGUUAGAAGGGGCUGUAGGCAAAAGACAGUAUAGGAAAAGCUAUUUCCUAAUGCUAUAUAAUGCAGGUAUAUUGACGGUGACAAUAAUUGGCUUAAAUUCAUGGACAAAAAACAAUACCGCAAGAACUGAAAGAUCAGCAUCGCACGUCGUUGUGGAAAUCAGUAUUAAUUUAGAAAAGAUAUUAGGCACGUUAGUGUUACUUGUGAUGUUCAUCUCAGGAAUACUUGGCGGAAAUAAGUUCGCAACUUCAAUAGUACGUCUAAGCUUGCAAGAUAUAACGCUAAAGAAACUUGGAGGCCGACCGAAUUAUGCAGCAAAUAUAAGACGAAACUAUUUCCGAAUGGGAAUAAUUCUUUCAAUAAUGUCUUUGCUAUGGGUUGUUGAUCAUUUUUAUCAGAUGAGAUAUAAUGUAAGUAAUCCGUUAAAGUGGGUGGUAUCGACGUGUCCGAAUUUUCUUCAGGUAUUCAAUACAUGUCUUUUCGUCGACGUUGUUUUUCUCCUGAAGGAAAGAUUCGUAACUCUGAAUAAACAUUUGACCAAAAUGAUCGAAGAAAUGAAAAACGUCCCAAUCGAGACAAUAUCCAAACAGUACGGUAUAUGUGGGCAAAUUCGCACGAUAGCAAUGAUUCAUGGAGCUCUAUGCGAAGCAGCUUUCGAUGUUAAUCAGGCAUUUGGUAUCAAUAUAGUUGUGGGAGUCGGUAACGCGUUGAUAAUAUCGACAAUCGCCUUGUACUAUGUAUUCGAAGAAAUAAAAUACACCACCGGAAGUUACUUCCGAAUAGUUGGAUCAUUAAAUUGGGGAAUACUCAACAGCAUACAUGUAGUUUAUAUGGUGACGGUUUGCAAUAUGGCUCGAACUCAGGCUAGUCUUACGGGAAAGUUAAUUCACAAGUUCAAAAUUCGUGGAAUCGAUACAACUUUGAACAACGUGAUUCAAGCCUUCUCUCUACAACUACAUCACGAAAAGAUUGAGUUCUCUGGGGCUGGUUUGUUUCGAUUAGACGCCACUCUCAUUCAGUCGAUCGCUGGAGCUGUGACCACUUAUCUGGUCAUUCUAAUACAAUUCGAUUCGUCAACCUCUUCGUACUUUCAAAGUGGAAAUAGCUCACAUGAAGAGUGAAAAUAUAUUGAUCAAUAAUUAUUCAUACCUGCAAAAUACUUGGGAUUCCGGUCCACGGUUCUGUAUUCAAGCCAAAUAGUAACGGAGACGUCGUGGCAUUGUCAGAAUACCAGAUUCUUUUUCCGCCACGAAAGGUGGUGCAGCUAAUUUUCGGUCCACAACUAGGAUAAUCCUUUGGCAGAUAAAUGUCAAAACUGAAGCAUCCUCCGCUGUAAAAAGUACCCUCAGCGCUAAACAAGACAAAACAUUUAUUUUUAAUUUACUAAUUAAAAUUAAAGUGCUGUAUUGGCGAAGGUUAACAUCUGACAUGUGUUUAAU